AUGGCGCCCGUCUUCUCCAGCGCCGCUGGACGCCACCCGCCGACUCCUCUCCUCAUCGCUUCCUUCUCCUCCCUCUCCGAAUCCCCUCCUCUCUCGCCGAAGUUCGUCGCUAAGCAGAGCCGCCCUCCUCUCCUCGUCGCGAAGCAGAGCCGCCCUCUCCUCUUCGCGAAGCAGAGCCGCCUCCCUCUCUCGCCGAAGCUUGUCGCGAAGCAGAGCCGCCCUCCUCUCCUCGUUGCGAAGCAGAGCCGCCUCCCUCUCUCGCCGAAGCUCGUUGAGAAGCAGAGCCGCCCUCCUCUCCUCGUCGCGUUCCUCUCUUGCCGCGAUACCCCUCUCUCGCCGCCAUAUGAUCUUCGGUAUCUUGAAAUUCUACAUCUUUUUGGUGAUUCUAGCUCGUGCGCUUUUUCAAUACACAAUCUUCUUGAAGCUGGGAAGGCUUAUGGUUUGGUUGCUGGGUCCUGGUUGGGUCCUUAUGAUAUGUGUCGAACAUGGGAAACAAUUAUCAACACUAGCAAAGAACAAUAUGAUCAUGAAAAACGCAAACAAAGCUUUCUCAUGGUUCUAUAUAUUGUUUCAGGUGAUAAAGAUGGGGAACAAGGUGGAGCUCCAGUUGUUUGCAUUGAGGUUGCUGCUAGACUUUGCCACGAUUUUAACAAAGGGCAACAAGAUUGGGCACCUAUACUACUUCUGGUGCCUUUGGUUCUUGGUUUAGAAAAAAUCAACCCCAGGAAUAUUCCUUUGCUGUGGGAAACGUUUACAUUUCCACAAUGCCUCGGCAUCUUAGGUGGUAAACCUGGUGCCUCAACCUAUAUUGUUGGUGUGCAAGAUGAGAAGGCACUCUACUUGGACCCUCAUGAAGCUCAGUCGAAAUAUGAUAUCUUGUUCUCUUUCUUGAAAUCGGAAAGUUGCUUGUGUUUGAUCUAUCUUGUCGGAGACACUAAAUAACUACUGUUAAACUACGCUGUUGAUAUCAAGAUGGAUGACCAGGAAGCUGAUUGCUCUUCAUACCACUGCAGCACGGUGCGACACCUACCACUAGACGUGAUCGAUCCAUCAUUGGCCAUUGGGUUCUACUGCAAAGACAAGGCUUGCAGACAAGUCAAGUGGAGCACCAUUGUUCACAGUCAUCCAAAAUAUUCAACCUACCAGACCCAUUCCUGCCCAUGAUUCUGCUGCGGCCGGUACUGGUAACGAUAUUGGAAUGGCUGAAUGUCAUUGUUCCGAAAGUUUCAGCAACGUCGAUGAGCAGGAGCAAGAAGAUGGGUGGCAAAUUCUCUAAAGAACUAGGUUUCACAGACCCAUCUAAUUUAUUCUUAAGUGUUUUAAUUGUAUUCCCCUCUAUUUUUACCUUUUCAUUUAUUCUAUGUAAAUUAUUAACUGAUAUCCUUGUACAUAGAACAGAAUGAUGAUCCAUUGCUGAACCUAAACCAAGCAAUAAUGUUGUUGA